AUGGCCGAAAGCAGGUUUGAGAUGACGAACCACGCACAGCAACUUGAUGAAAUAACAGAACGAUAUCCUUCAGACUCAGAGGGGGAGUUCAGUGACGAGGAAGCAUUUGAGAGCAUUAAACGGCAGGGUUUACCAAGCGAGGAGACCCUCAAGAAUAUGAGUACCCAGCUUUUCUCCAAGGGCGACUUGUCACGUCUUUUGGACACCACGGGAGUAAGGAGCAAGCGAGAUAAAAGGUUCAUUGUAGGGUUUUACAGGGCGGAAGAACUCAUUCCGGAAACCGAAACCUCUGAGACCUCUGUUAAAGGUGGACCUAGACCAGGUAUGCACACACGAACGACAAGUAGCCAGAGUAAUCUCAGUAUGACUUCUCAAGAAGAUCUCGACAACACUACAGCUCAGCUCGACGCAUAUACGAGGCAAAGACAAGAAAGUCUAGGAAAGUGUCCCCGCCUCAAGGCUGUCGAUGAUAGACUAGACAAGAUGAGGAAUGACUGUGAAAAGUCGGCGGGAAUCUCAGAGGGGCUUGAUCGUGUACUUGCGAGGGUCAUCAAGCUUAAGAGGAGUUCAGGUCAAAAGUAG